CCUGCCCAACUCAGAAGUCAUCUCUACUUCUACCCAACCAGUUUCAAGUUUCAACUCUCUCAAAGUCAAUCUCCUCCCAAAUGGCAGCUCCAAUCUCACUGUACCUUGUUCCCCUGAUCUUCUUCUUCCAAACCCAUCUCUCCUAUUCCACUGCCGACCCAACAAUUGACCACGGCCUUCCAUUGAGCAGCUCAACCUCAGAUGUGCAUGAUCUACUCCCAACAUACGGUCUUCCAAAGGGUAUCCUUCCUAGCAAUGUAAAAUCGUACACUCUGUCAGCCGCUGGGGACUUCACCAUAGAGUUGGAAAGCACCUGCUAUGUUCAGUUUGAUGAUUUGGUCUACUAUGAGAGGACGAUCAGAGGGAAGCUAAGUUAUGGGGCUGUGCAUGAUGUGUCUGGAAUUCAGGCUAAGAAGCUCUUCCUAUGGUUGCCUGUUACUGGAAUUGUAGCUGAUGAGAAAUCGGGUAUAGUUCAGUUCUUUGUUGGAGCUUUUUCUGAGAAGUUUCCUGCUAAGCAGUUUGAAGAUAUUCCAGUUUGUAAGAGCAAGGCUUUUCUGAGGGCUGGUCUUACUUCUAUGUGAAUUCGGGAUCGAUACCUUGGAUCUAUUGCAGGUGGGAGCAACCUUAUAUUCCCUGUUUUACUUCAUACUCCCAUUCAAGCCUUCUGCUUAGCUCAAUAAUAUCUUUAAAAGUCCAAAUUAAAUUUGGCGGUAUAUAAAACUGUAUGUUUGUUUCCAUGAAAAAUUGUCUAUUGGCAAAUAGUAAAAUUUGCCUUGUAGAUUUAAGAUUCUCCAUAUAUAUAAUGAUAAAGGAAAAUUACUAUAUGUUAUAAAUUCUGCUUCAUAGUCUCUGGGCAAUUCUGCCCCUUCUCAGGGUCUUGAUUCAGUGAACCAUUUAACCUUCCAAAACUAGUUUGUGGUUAAACUUUAAUUGAGAUGAA